AGGUUGGUUGUUUAAAAGCAGUGAACAACAGAAAGACCAGUUACUGUCCUUGGAAGCCUCACGAAGAAGAAAUGGAGAUCCAGCUACUGUGGACCCUGCUCCUCAUCACCUUCUCAGGAUCUAUGGCCAAGAGAGAUUUCCGGGGUAAGGCACUUCUCUUCCCGAAACCAACAGCUAAUUCCUAUGUGACUCUGACCCCACUGCUGAACAAAAAGCUGCAGAGCUUCACUGUGUGCCUGUGGACCUACUCAGAACUGUCCCGUGGCUAUUCUGUGUUCUCUUAUGCCACUCGAGCUUCGGCAAAUGAAAUCCUCCUCUUCAGGGAUAGAGUUGGACAGUACAGUUUGACAGUUGGGGGAGAAGAGGUUACUUUCCAAGUGACUGAGUCACCUCUGACCCCAGUGGAUAUCUGUGCUACUUGGGAAUCAGCCACAGGAGUUGCUGAGAUAUGGAUGAAUGGGAAACCCCUGGUGAGGAAGGUUAUGAAAGUAGGAUACGCCUUGAGUGACAAUCCCAAGAUCAUUCUGGGGCAAGACCAGGAUACAUAUGGGGGUGGGUUUGAUAUAAAUCAGUCCUUUGUUGGGGAGAUUGGAAAUGUACAUAUGUGGGAUUAUGUGCUUCCACCCAAGUUGAUAAAGGUCAAAUGUUUUUGGGGCAAUGUUCUAAACUGGAGGAAGCUGGAAUUUCAGAAGUAUGGCUCCAUGUCUAUUGCUCCCCAUCUUUGGGACAGUGAAGGAAGUUGGACAUCUGAGUCUGGGAAGAUUAAGGAAACCUAUGCUGACAAGGAAUGCCAGACCCAGCCAUGCUGCAGAGAUGUGACUUUGGGCAAGAAGGAACCAGCACACACCCAGUGA